AUGGCUUUACUAGUGUUCAUCUUCCUGCUUGCCCUCCUCCCAGAUGAAUCUGCAAGCAUCAGAAACCCCCCCAAGACAGCAAGUAACCCUGUGUUUGGACCACGGCAGGUCUACGGGCUGAUCAACGGCUCCGUUGCUGUGAAAUGCUUCUACCCUCCCACCAGUGUCAACAGGCACGACAGGAAGUAUUGGUGCAAGGAAACAUCCAUGGGCUGCAUGACCAUGAUCUCCACCAGCAGCUACACUGCUCCAAGCUACCGAGGCAGAGCCUCCAUCAUUGACAACCCAGGGGAAGAAAACUUCCAAAUUAACCUCUCCAAGCUUACAAAGGAAGACACAGGCACCUACCAGUGUGGUAUUGGUAUCAAUGGCAGAGGGCUCUCCCACCAAGUCAAUCUGGAAGUUUCUAAAGGUCCACACGUGCCUGAGGGAGCUGAGCUCUUCUACGUGGAGCUACAUAGCACCCUGACCAUGUCCUGCAGCUUCGGGGCAGGUACUGUGACCAUGAGGAAGUUCUUGUGCAAGGUGGGGAGGAUGGGCUGCACCAACAUCAUCGACAGCCACGGGAACAUCGACGAGGAUUACACGGGGCGAGCUCUGCUGAGCAACGAGGAGACCCCGGGCUCCUUCAGCGUGGUGAUAACCCAGAUGGGCUGGGAGGACUCUGGCUUGUACAUCUGUGGGGUCGGCUUCUACGGGGAGAACGGAGAAACCAAGGAACUGGACGUGCACGUCUACGAGCAGACUAAAGUUCCUCAAGGAAAGCCCACAAUAAUUGGAGUAAAAGGAAGUUCAGCAACCUUUGAGUGCCACUAUAGCCCUGUGAAAACGUCCUCCCUGAAGUACUGGUGCAAGUGGAGGAACACGGGCUGUGCCCGGAUCAUCGACAGCGACGGGUUCGUGUCGCCGUUGUACGAGGGAAGAGUGGCCAUGCAGGACAGCCCGGGCAACAGGACCUUCAUUGUCAUCCUCAGCCAGCUGAAGGACAGUGACAAAGGCUACUACUGGUGCAUGUCAGAUGAGGAGAAGGAGCAGCAAUCCUCAACCGAGCUGAAGAUCAUUGAUGGAGAACCUGGGUUGAAGGGCAAGACAGACGUGGAGGCACAAGUGGGUUCACGGGUGGAUUUAACUUGCUCGUACCCAUGCAAGUACUACUCCUACCAGAAGUACUGGUGCAAGUGGAGCGACAGCCACUGCGACCCCAUCCUUGCUACUGACCCAAAGCAGCCGAAGCCAGAUGUUACCUGUGACACUGCCAACAAGACAGUGACCCUGACCUUGGACCCCGUGACGAAGGCAGACCAGGGCUGGUACUGGUGUGGGGUGAAGCGCAAUGGGGUCUUUGGGGAAACCAUGGCAGUGUACCUGACUGUGACUGAAGGGAGGAGUGAUGACCACAGCCUGGAGCUCCCCAGUGUUGACAGCCCCAGCCACGCCGAGCCAGGCUUUAUUCCCCAAGGAAGAGCCUCCAGCAAUGCUGGGGUGCAGGGUGCAGCUGGCUCUGAAAGCUCUGACCCAAGCCAUGGCCCCAGUGGACUUGUCUUAGGCCUGAGCAUCUCUGGUGCUGUGCUCCUGAUCCUCGUGACAGCGUUUGCUGUGUUCAAGUACAGGCAGCUGAAGACAUCUGACCUGGUGUCCGUGGGGAGCUACAGGACCAACAUCAGCAUGUCAGACUUUGAAAGCGUGAAGGGAUACGGCGCCAGCAACAACGCCUGCGCGAAGGAGAGCGAGGAGACCCAGAUGGGAGGGGACGAGUUCAUCACCACCGUGACCACCCCGGAGAGCGCUGCUGAGACAAAGAAGGCAAAAAGGAGCUCCAAGGAGGAUGCUGACCUCGCCUACUCCACCUUCCUCCUCACCUCCGGCAGCACCACCCAGGGUGGCCCCGGGGGGGACGGUGCUGCCCCAGACGUGUCCCCCCCAGCCUGGGAGGGUCAGAUCUGA